CAACUAAAUUUUCCAGUCCUUACCAAAACAACAUCAUCAUCAACGACAAGAAGAACAUCCAAGAUGGCGCGUCUUUUCCACAACGCGCUCGUCCUCGCGACUCUGGCAACAUUCCUCUCCUUCGCAACCGCCCAGCGCGCUCUCUACUCCAUCGAAGGCUCCACGUCGACCUGCAUCUCCAACAGCUCCAUCACAGCUGACAUAUUCUCCGCCUCCAUCACACCAGACAACAACAUCAUCGGCUACGACGUCUUCGGCACCUUCAACUACUCCGGUCCAGUCAUCCUCUCUUACAUACUCACAGUGAACUCCAAAACCACUUUCAACUUUACGGAAGACCCCUGCAUGGGAUCCGGAAAUGCAUAUCUCUGCCCAGCAAGUCCAGGCCAAAUCGGUCUGAAUUCCAACCUCGAUGUGCCGCCUCAGAACUUCGAUGCCGUCCCGAAGGAAGUCUUCACGCUGCAGGGUCCGGAUGCGAACUUUCGUUAUGUGAUGACGAAUGCGGAAUCGGGAGAGAUUGUGGGAUGUUUGCAGACCAAUCUUACGAAUGAUGCUUCGAUGGAGGCGAACUCGACGGAGACUGGCGGCAGUGGUGCGAACAGCACUUCGAAAGCGAACGGAACGGGAUCCGGCAAUGAGACUGGUGGUGCUCAGAACGGCGAGUCGGGUGCGAGUACUGCUUACUUGGACUGGACGUUGCUCGGCUCGGCCAUCAUUGUGCUGGCGUUCGGUACUGCUCUCUGA